AUAUUCUUAUCUAGUGAUCAUGCAUUGUCUUAAAGGCAAGUCCUGCAUGUAAACGUUCCUAUUAAUUGAUCAUGCAUAUAUUAUUCCUCACCAACUUUUAAUUUAAUAUUGUGCCUUUCUAAUAAGAGAGCCUUUCAUUUCUAUUCUCUCUCAUUUUUGUCUCUUAAAUUCUCAGAAAACGAUGCUCGUAUAGCCAGUUUCCCUUUAUAUGCUCUGGUCACAACUUUCGUACAUCCAAAACAAAACAGAACACUAUUUGAUUUCCUUUUGCCGCUACUGUAGUUAAAAUACUCUCCUACCUCCUUUCCACACCUAGAUCAUGUUUCUCUGCUCUUCCUACAGAGAGAAUCAACAAAGCACAAGAAUGAAACUUCCACCCAAAAAACCAAAUUGUGUACUAUCACAACAUUCAUGGACACAAAUGGCCAGCUUUUUUCGUUUUUUCUCUCUUCACCGUUUGCAGCAGUAUAGAAGAUAUCUCCUGGGUCUUCUCUCUUUUCUUCUCCUAAUUGUCUUAGCUUGCAACGGUGCCACUAUAUUUUGCUUGCCAGUACCUUUUCCUGCUAAAAUCCCGCUGGGGCCAGCCAGCUUUCUGCCUGAAAAUGUUGCCAGAAUAUCAAAAGAUUGGCAAUCUGCUUCGACUAAGCAGUUAGCUACUUUGAUGUACUCAGUCAAGGAAGAAAAUUCAUCGCACAUUUUGCAAAAAUCCCACAAAGUGGUGGUUUUUCCGCGGAAAAGAAGGCGAAAGCACAGAAUGGCGUUCAAGAUGCUCCAUCCAGGUUUUCAGCCAGUCCGGUUUUCGACAAGAGUAAAGGAUUUUUUCACUGCAAAUUCUUGUGGAAUUCAUUUUUUCAUGACUUGGAUUUCUUCAUUUAAGUCGUUUGGAGAGAGAGAAUUGUUCGCAGUGCAGAGUUUGUUCAAGUCACACCCAAAUGGUUGCUUGGUAAUUGUAUCGAGUUCCAUAGAUUCAAAAGGAGGUAUGAAUGUUCUAAAACCUUUUUCGGAUAAUGGGUUUCGUGUAAUAGCGAUUUCGCCUGAUUUUGAUUUUUUGUUCAAGAGCACAUUGGCUGAAUCUUGGUUACAUCGGUUAAGGAGAGGGGAAGUGGAUCCCGGGGGGGUUUCAUUAGGCCAAAACCUCUCAAACUUGCUUAGACUCACUCUUUUAUACAAAUUUGGAGGUGCGUAUAUAGACACAGAUGUGAUCAUUUUGAAGAGUUUCACGAACUUGAGGAAUGCAAUUGGGGCACAAACAGUUGAUCUUGAAACCGGGAACUGGACCCGAUUGAACAAUGCAGUCAUGGUGUUUGACAAAGGGCAUCCAAUUCUGUUAAAGUUCAUUGAAGAAUUUGCAAGGACUUUUAAUGGCAAUAAGUGGGGUUAUAAUGGCCCUUAUUUGGUGUCUAGGGUUGUCCAGAAUUUGAAAGGAAGUGAUCGAUUUGACGUAAAUAUUUUGAAACCAAUGGCAUUUUAUCCUCUUGAUUGGAGUAGAAUAAGGAGUUUGUUUCAGGGACCAAAGAAUGAGGCUCAUUCGAAAUGGCUGCGUGGUAAGCUCAAUCACAUCCGUAGCAAGAGCUACGCGGUGCAUCUAUGGAAUAGACGGAGUAAAAAGAUUAAGAUUGAAGAAGGAAGCAUCGUCGCUAAAAUAAUUUCCGACUGUUGUGUUUUCUGCAAUUCUUCGGCAUCAGGGUUUGGAAGUAGGAAACAAGGAGUGUAAGCUUAUGAAUAAUCAGGAGAAGUUUCGCAAAAACAACGUUCAGGACACUCUUCUUGAACAUUUUAGGGGCGUUGUAUUGUUUUCCGAUUUCAUGUCCUCAGUUAUGGACCUACUCAGUCGACACUCUGAGAGUCGAUUUCUCUAUUUUGGUUAUCUAAGGAAAAGUUUGUAACGACCAUUCUUGGGAAUUUGUUCUCUUUUUUAAGUUGCUAUACAUGUUCUUGUAUCUUUUGCU